UUGAGUGCACCUCAUUUUCGGGCUAGCGUCAAGUGACAGUGUAACGAAAGCACAUGUACGGUGUUUUGUGUUUAUAUCAAUCGAACGGUCAAUUUUGUUAGAAAGCAACAAAAAAAAACGAUGGAAAGUUUACAGGAAAUUCAACAGUUUUUAACUCUUGAAACACCACAACAUGUAAAAUCGAUAGCCAUCACAUAUGUCCUGAGUUUGACUGGAUCCAAAGAGGGACAGGAGCUUUUGUGCAAAUGUAGCGAAAUUGUUGCAGCCCUUGGAAAAUUAGCAGCAGAAGAUAAAGAUCCAGUUGUUUCAAAAGAGUCAUUGUUAUGCCUGGUGAACCUGUCAGCAGAAGAAGAUGGUGCUGCGGUGCUUUUGAAAUCGAUUUCAAAAUUGACUGGAACUUGUGCCAAGAACAUCAUUGAUGAAAAUUGCACAUUGGCCGAUCCAUGGAGUAUGGUUUUGAGUAAUGUUUCCCGAUCGCUUCCAUUGGCUGAACAAGUUUUUGACGAAAUUGAAAGCAAAUUGAAUGACUUGAUCUCGGCAUUCACUCGAAUCGAUUACAAUAAGAAAAAAUGCCAUUUGAAUUAUUUAGGACCAAUUUUCAGCAAUCUUUCGCAAGUAACAAAAGGACGGGAGUUCUUCUGUCAGGCAGAUGCAGAAACAUUGAGUCGUUUAAUACCGUUUGUACAGUACGAAGAGAGUCUAGUGCGGAAAGGUGGCAUUGUUGGGCUUCUAAAGAACAUUUGCUUCGAUUCGAGCCGCCAUUUAUUUUUGCUUGAAGAAAUCAACAUUCUGCCAAUCGUUCUGUUAUCUCUAGCCGGACCAGAGGAAUACUCAGAUGAAGAAAAUGACAAAUUCUCAAUGGAACUGCAGUACCUCAGCCCCGAUAAGCAGCGUGAAAAUGACCCAGACAUUCGGAAGAUGUUGAUCGAUUCGCUGAAUCAACUGUGUGCAACACGAAAGGCUCGUGAGUUUUUGCGCUCAAAUGGAACGUACGAAAUUCUACGUGAAUUGCAUAAAUGGGAAAACACCGAUGCGGGUGAUAAAUUGUGUUUGAUUUCAUGUGAGAAUGUCGUUGACAUCCUUAUACGAACGGAAGACGAGAUAGGCGAGGAUAACUUAAAAUCACUGGACGUUCCAAACGAUUUGGUGGAGAAAUUCGAUAAAAUGGGUUCCAAUUUAGUCGAAGAAUAAAAUAUUUUUCUAUUAAGAUUUUAAAAUAAAUGUAAAAAAAAAUUUAAAUAAACAAAUAAAAAAUGUUGUAAAUAAAAA